AUGUCCAAAGCAAAAACCAACAAGGGGAAGAAAGCCGGAGGAGACGUCGAGGCUGACGAUGUCAAGUUCUCACAACGUACUGUCAGCAGCGGCGACGAGUCCGGUGUCAAGACUGAGCAAUUCCCAAUAGUGCAUUGGAACAAGAAGAAGAAGGACAAGGAGGCUCGGUUCAUUGAGCUCCUCGAGCAAGAACUUCGUACAACAUUGAAACUCGGUGUUGAAGAGUACUCGGAGUCUGUCGCCGAACUGUAA